CAUUAUUAUAUAAUAGAUACUCGGAAAAAAUUAAUAAACUCACCGAUCACAUAUAUCAAAUUGGAAUAAAUGCAACUAAGCUCUCUGAAGAUGACUUUAAUGUCAUUAAUCACGGUGAUUUUCACGUGAACAAUAUACUGUUCAAAUAUGACAAUGAUGGCAAACCCAUUGAUUCUAUUUUUGUAGAUUUUCAAUUGAGCGUAUACGCAUCACCGGCAGUCGAUCUUUUAUAUUUUUUCAAUACAAGACUUUUCUUGGAUGUUAGUGAAAACAAGAGAGAUAUUCUGUUAAACGAAUAUCUCAGUACUUUGUCGGUAAUUAUGAAACAAUUGAACUGCAAGACGCAGCCGCCUACCAUGGAGGAACUGAAGGCUAUCCUAAAGCAAAGGGCUGGUUAUGGAAUGAUAACAUCCAUUACGAUUUUACCGAGACUGUGUAAGACUGAAGUGGAAAAUUUAGAUGAGACGAUGGACACUGAUAUAUGGAUUAAUCCAGGUUUAAAGAGCGAGAAUUAUAAGAAAAUAAUGAUAAAGAGAAUUCCACUAU